UGAUAUAGUUAGUUUCAAUCACAGCACGAGUGCAUGGUCAAACAAUAGGUCUUCUUGUGAAUUCGUGUCGGACAUUUGUUUGGAACAAGAAAAAAAGUCAUGGAGUUCUUCGUAACAUGGGGUUGGCGGAAUUGAUAUAAACUAGACCAUGCAUUCUCCGAAAUGGAUUUUGUGCAAAUCCAUGUACAGUUGGAGAACAUUUUUAUUCAUAGACCUCUUCUCAAGAUGGGCAUGUUGUAACGGAUAUGAGCAAGACCAUGCUUUCUCGGAAAUGGUUUCCUUUAGAUUUCAUUCAUAGAUGCAACGAUUUGAGGUCCUUCAAACAAAUCCAUGCGCAACUUUUAACAUCUGGUGUGGUUCGUGACGAGUUGGUUGUUAACAGAGUUGCUGGGUUCUUUGGGAAAUUUGUUGAGUUUGGUGAAUAUGGCUGUGAUCUUUUGAAGCAAAUUGAUUGUCGCAUAAGCUCAUUCCCGUCUAAUUUGCUGAUAACUGGCUAUGCUGGUAGUGACACGCCGAGGGCGGCAGUAUUGGUCUAUAGGAGGAUAGUGAGAGAGGGAUUUAUGCCUGACAUGUACACUUUUCCGGCGGUUCUGAAAUCUUGUGCUAAGUUUUUGGGGAUUGGGGAGGGUAGACAGGUUCAUGGGGUGAUUGUAAAAGUAGGAUUUUUAGGUGAUCUAUUUGUGCAAAACUCGCUUGUCCAUUUCUACAGUGUUUGUGGUGAUUUUGCCGUUGCUAGUAGGGCGUUUGAUGACAUGCCUGUGAGAGAUGCGGUGUCUUGGACUGGUUUGAUAUCUGGGUAUGUGAGAGCAGGGUUGUUUGGUGAGGCUGUAGCUUUAUUUUCGAGGAUGGAUGUCGAGCCAAGUAAAGCAACUUUUGCCAGUGUUCUUGUGGCUUGUGGGCGAAUGGCGUAUUUGAGUUUGGGGAAGGGGAUUCAUGGCUUGAUUUUUAAGCGUGUAGGGGUGGGUUUGGUGGUAGGCAAUGCUAUCGUGGAUAUGUAUGUCAAGUGUGAGUGUUUGUUUGAGGCAAAGCAAAUCUUUGAUGAGCUCCCUGAGAGAGAUAUUGUAUCAUGGACUACUAUGAUUAGUGGCUUGGUGCAAUGUAAACGUCCCAAAGAGUCGUUGGAAUUUUUUCACAAAAUGCACACUUCAGGCAUUGAACCUGAUAGGGUUAUACUCACUAGCGUGCUGUCAGCUUGUGCGAGUCUUGGGGCUCUUGAUUAUGGCAAAUGGAUCAAUGAGUAUAUUGAUCUUAGGGAUAUCAAAUGGGACGCCCAUAUUGGAACAGCUAUGAUUGACAUGUAUUCUAAGUGUGGCUGUGUGGAGAUGGCAUUACGGACCUUCAAUAGGAUGCCUUAUAAGAAUGUGUAUACAUGGAAUGCCUUGCUAGGCGGUUUAGCAAUGCAUGGACAUGGGCAUGAUGCACUCAAACAUUUUGAAGAAAUGAAUAGAUCUGAUACGAGGCCCAAUGAGGUGACAUUUCUAGCCAUUUUGACAGCUUGCUGCCAUUCUGGCUUGGUUGAAGAAGGUCGUAGGUACUUCUAUCAAAUGAUAAGUCAACAAAAUAAUCUUUCUCCAAGGUUAGAACACUACGGAUGCAUGGUUGAUAUGCUGUGUCGGGCUGGACACUUGGAUGAAGCGCAGGCGCUGAUAAAAUCUAUGCCUAUGCCACCUGAUGUGCUGAUAUGGGGAUCUCUUCUUAGUGGCUGUAAUGCCAGUGGAAUUGUUGAACUCUCUCAAGAAGUAUUAGAUCGCCUCCAGGAACUUGAGUCUCAAGAUAGUGGGAUAUAUGUGCUCCUAUCUAACAUAUAUGCUACUAAUCAACGAUGGGCUGAAGUAACAAGGGCACGAAGGUUGAUGAAGGAGAACGGUAUAAAAAAGGCCUCUGGAUCAAGUGUUAUAGAGGUGGAUGGUACGGCUCAUGAAUUUCUGGCUGGAGAUACUAGCCACCCUCAGUAUGAGGAUGUUCAUCAAUUGUUAAACAUCCUUGCUAAUAAAGUCUAUCUUGAAGGGCAAUUUGCAGACCCAUUCUUGAUAACAUGAGUGUGUUUUUAUUACAAAGUUGAAGAGCUUUUUCUUUUUCAAAAGUUUUGUUUUUUUAAUGUAACUUCCUAACAACUUAAGCCUUUUACAUGUUUUCCGAGAUUGUACUCUGAGUUCCAUUAAGGGACUUCGAGAUUGCAUUUGUCAUCUAAUAAUUGGGACAGGCAUGUAGAAAAGAGCAAUAGAUUUGAGCAUUAGUGUUAAGUGCGUAUUUUGUGGUUACUUUAUCUAGCCUAAGUGAUUUUUUGAGCGUAUGAAGAUAAACUUCAUUUCAAUUGUGGGUAUAGGAAGCUUCAUUAUGCAUUCAUACUUAUCUGGAACCUACCCUCCCCCCCAACAAAAACAAGGGUACUCUUGGUGAGGUUGUUUGAUAGUCAAUUCCUUGUUAUAUGCAGUACUGUACACUUGGAUGCCAAGUUUAUUUCACUCCUCUAUAUAUGUAGGGAAAAUAAGAAUGACAAUGAAGUUAAUCCUUAUGAGAUGCUGAAGACAGUCUGAUUUCUAUUUCAGUUCUCUAUAGCUGUUAGGGACAGUAUGAAUGACCAUUAACUCUAUGCGCCAUGAGCUAUUCCUCUAUGGUUUAGCUUGCAAACAAGAAACUGCUUUU